CGCAAAUAUAUGGUACAGCGGCAGCGCCGCGCAAAAGACCUUUCCGGCUUACAGAACAACAAGUCGAGACGAUGAGGCAGAUUUUGCAAUCGGAGACGGUCAAGAUACCGAAGGAAUGCACCGCCCGAGUGAAGGGGCGGACUGUCAUCAUCAAGGGCCCUCGUGGCACCUUGACAAGAAAUUUCAAGCAUCUCACCUUGGACAUUCAGAUGGUGGGAAAGAAUGUCAUCAAGAUUGAGAAGUGGUUUGGCAAGCGGAAGGAGCUGGCUGCCGUCCGUACCUGCUGCUCUCAUAUUAGCAACAUGUGCAAGGGAGUCAUCUUUGGCUUCCAGUACAAGAUGCGUUCCGCGUACGCCCAUUUCCCCAUCAACUGUGUGGUGACGGAGAACAACACGCUGGUGGAGGUGCGUAACUACCUGGGCGAGAAGUACAUCCGCCGCGUGCAGAUGCUGCCCGGUGUGACAGUCUACAACUCGGCCAAGGUUAAGGACGAGCUGGUGCUGGAGGGCAACAACAUCGAGGCCGUCUCCAAGUGCGCCGCUCGCAUCCAGCAGUCGACUUCCGUGCACAACAAGGACAUCCGGAAGUUCUUGGACGGCGUGUACGUGUCGGAGAAGACGACCGUCGUUGCGACCGAAUGAAUACACUAGAUGGACUGCCUC